GGCGGCGGCGGAGACGGCGGCGAGGCUGGGGCCAGGCGCCGAGCCCCGGGGGAGGCGCGCCCGAGCCGGGCGGCGGGAGCAUGCGGGCCCCGGGCGGAGCGCCGCGCGCGCUGCUGCUGGCGAUGCUGCUGUGCUGGGACCCGACGCCGAGCCGCGCAGGCCCUGACGCGGGCGGCGUGGUGCUCCCCGACUCCUUCCCGUCGGCGCCCGCGGAGCCGCUGCCCCACUUCCUGCUGGAGCCGCAGGACGCCUACAUCGUGAAGAACAAGCCCGUGGAGCUGCGCUGCCGCGCCUUCCCCGCCACCCAGAUCUACUUCAAGUGCAACGGGGAGUGGGUCAGCCAGAACGACCACGUCACCCAGGAGGGCCUGGACGAGGCCACCGGCCUGCGGGUCCGCGAGGUGCAGAUCGAGGUGUCCCGGCAGCAGGUGGAGGAGCUGUUCGGGCUGGAGGACUACUGGUGCCAGUGCGUGGCCUGGAGCUCGGCGGGCACCACCAAGAGUCGCCGUGCCUACGUCCGCAUCGCGUACCUGCGCAAGAACUUCGACCAGGAGCCCCUGGGCAAGGAAGUGCCCCUGGACCACGAGGUCCUGCUGCAGUGUCGCCCUCCGGAGGGGGUGCCAGUGGCCGAGGUGGAAUGGCUCAAGAACGAGGACGUCAUCGACCCCACCCUGGACCCCAACUUCCUCCUCACCAUCGACCACAACCUCAUCAUCCGCCAGGCGCGCCUCUCGGACACUGCCAACUACACGUGCGUGGCCAAGAACAUCGUGGCCAAGCGCCGCAGCACCACGGCCACGGUGGUCGUCUACGUGAAUGGAGGCUGGUCCAGCUGGGCCGAGUGGUCGCCCUGCUCCAACCGCUGUGGCCGCGGCUGGCAGAAGCGCACGCGCACCUGCACCAACCCCGCACCGCUCAACGGAGGGGCCUUCUGCGAGGGCCAGGCUUUCCAGAAGACCGCCUGCACCACGGUGUGCCCAGUGGACGGCGCCUGGACGGAGUGGAGCAAGUGGUCGGCCUGCAGCACAGAGUGUGCCCACUGGCGCAGCCGCGAGUGCAUGGCGCCACCUCCCCAGAACGGGGGCCGGGACUGCAUCGGGACUCUGCUCGACUCCAAGAACUGCACAGACGGGCUGUGCGCACACAGUAAGAGAAGCCCAAACGAGUCCCCAAACCACCCCCUGGAGGCCCCGGGGGACGUGGCGCUGUACGCCGGCCUCGUGGUGUCUGUCCUGGUGGCCGUGGCUGUGCUCGUGGUGGUGGCCGUGGUGCUGUACCGCCGGAACUGCCGCGACUUCGACUCGGACAUCACCGACUCCUCAGCCGCCCUCACCGGGGGCUUCCACCCGGUCAACUUCAAGACUGUGCGACCCAACCACCCGCAGCUGCUGCACCCCAGCGUGCCCCCGGACCUCACCGUCGGCGCGGGCAUCUACCAUGGGCCAGUGUAUGCCCUGCAGGACUCGGCCGACAAGAUCCCCAUGACCAACUCGCCGCUGCUGGACCCACUGCCCAGCCUGAAGAUCAAGGUGUACAGCUCGGGCACCACGGGCUCCGUGCCCAGCCUGCCUGACGGCGCCGACCUGCUGGGGGUGCUGCCGCCCGGCACCUACCCUGAAGACUUCCCGAGGGACCCCAACUUCCUGCGAGGCACCAGCCUCGGCUCCCAGCAGCUCCCGGGGCUGCACCGCGAGCCGGGGACGAGCGUCAGCGGCACCUUCGGCUGCCUGGGCGGCAGGCUGAGCAUCCCCGGGACAGGAGUCAGCCUGCUGGUGCCCAACGGAGCCAUCCCGCAGGGCAAGUUCUACGAGAUGUACCUCAUCAUCAACAAGGCAGAGAGCACCCUCCCCCUCUCCGAGGGGACGCAGACAGUGCUGAGCCCCGCGGUGACCUGCGGGCCCACGGGCCUCCUGCUGUGCCGCCCCGUGGUCCUCACCGUGCCCCACUGCGCCGAGGCCAGCGCCGGCGACUGGAUCUUCCAGCUCAAGACUCAGGCCCACCAGGGCCACUGGGAGGAGGUGGUGACCCUGGACGAGGAGACACUGAGCACCCCCUGCUACUGCCAGCUGGAGGCGCGGGCCUGCCACGUCCUGCUGGACCAGCUGGGCACCUACGUGCUCACCGGCGAGUCCUACUCCCGCUCGGCCAUCAAGCGGCUGCAGCUGGCCAUCUUCGCACCCGCGCUCUGCACCUCACUCGAGUACAGCCUCAGGGUCUACUGCCUGGAGGACACGCCCCUGGCCCUGAAGGAGGUGCUGGAGCUGGAGCGGAGCCUGGGCGGCUUCCUGGUGGAGGAGCCCAAGCCACUGCUGUUCAAAGACACCUACCACAACCUGCGCCUCUCGCUGCACGACCUCCCGCACGCGCACUGGCGGAGCAAGCUGCUGGCCAAGUACCAGGAGAUCCCCUUCGGCCACGUCUGGAGCGGCAGCCAGAAGGCCCUGCACUGCACCUUCACGCUCGAGAGGCACAGCCUGGCCGCCACCGAGUUCUCCUGCAAGAUCUGCGUGCGGCAGGUGGAGGGCGAAGGCCAGAUCUUCCAGCUGCACACCACGCUGGCCGGGACCCCCGCUGGCUCCCUGGACGCCCUCUGCUCCGCCCCCAGCAGCGCCGUCACCACGCAGCUGGGACCGUAUGCCUUCAAGAUCCCCCUGUCCAUCCGCCAGAAGAUCUGCAACAGCCUGGACGCCCCCAGCGCGCGGGGCAACGACUGGCGGCUGCUGGCGCAGAAGCUCUCCAUGGACCGGUACCUGAACUACUUCGCCACCAAAGCGAGCCCCACAGGCGUGAUCCUGGACCUGUGGGAAGCGCAGCAGCAGGACGACGGGGACCUCAACAGCCUGGCCAGUGCCUUGGAGGAGAUGGGCAAGAGCGAGAUGCUGGUGGCCAUGACCACCGACGGCGACUGCUGAG